AUGAUGAGCAGUCCUUGGUCUAAGAUCAAGGUUGCCCUUCUGGGCCAUGUUAGCGUUGGAAAGACAACAGUGCUCAAUGCCAUUCUGGCACUGAGGCUACCACAGAGUCUGAGCAGUGGACAGAAGGAAGAAAUCAAGAAUGCUGACAAGGUGCAUCAGGAGGUUGCAAAAUCCAACAAGGAGCUCCGUGAAGCUCAGAAGAUUGAAGAGAAGUGGUUCAAUGUUGGCUGUGAUCCAUUGUGUGAGAUGCGCAAGAACACCUCUCUUUUCCUGGUGGACAUACCUGGGAUCAAUGAAGCAGACUCCAACAGUAUCUACAUGAACUAUGUACAGGAGAACUGGAAAAACUUUGAUUCUGUGGUUGUUGUCAUGGAUGCGAGGCAAGGAGUCAACACAGAGGAGCAGGUUGGCUUGCUUAGACUCAUCAAGCAGAAUCUUUCUAACAGGAAACACCUCCCAGUCAUUGUUCUCUUCAACAAGGUGGAUGAUCCAGAUGACAGUGGCCAUAAGACUCAAACAAGGCUGCUCCACAACCAAGUUGACGUCGCCCUCCAGUCAAUGCAAAAUGGGACUCCAUCCAGUUUUCAGCUAAAGGCUCUGCAUGAGAAAAGCAAUGCCCUUGAAAAGGACAUGGGAGCCAUCAAACAGGCAUUUUGGUCCAGGUAUCAAUCCAGCAAGAAGAAAUCGAUUGGGGCAUUCAAGAGUGAUCCCAAAGUUGAGGUCCUGGCUGAACCAGCAACAUUCUUGCAGGAAUACGCUGCCUUUGCCGCUUCUGUAGGAUGGGAAAAUGAAGUCAAGCUAGUGAAGAAGUGCUUUUGUGAGCUUGUAAGCGAACAAAUCUGUGUUGUGAUCAACAAAUAA